ACCCUACGAACCACGCAUUUACACGCGAGGCAGUCAGCGAGAGAGGGUCGUGAGAGAUAUUAUAGUGUUGUUUUUAAUCUGGACCCAUAACGUUACGUUUUCUUUGUAGUAAAACUUGUGAAUUGUACUCUAGUGCAUUGGAUAUAUAGAACCUUUGUUCAUUCUUGGAUUUUAUUGUGAGCUGUUAUUCUAAAUGGCUGCCACCAUGGAAACUCAGAGACUAAUAUCAGUAAGUCUUGGUAAGAUCGCUCAAUCUCGCGGUCAACGUGGCGGAAUAAACUUACAUAAAAAUCUCCUAGUCGCCACCGUGUUGCACAAAGCGAGAACCGCUUACAUGAUGGAAUCUUUUUACCAACAAAGACAGAAACUGAGCCACGGGGCUGCUCAACAACAGCAGCAGCCACAACAGGCGCCCCAAAAUUCGGCGCCCGUUGUCGUGCCCUUGUGUACGCAGGGGUACAGCGAGUCACCCGUGAAAGAGGAAGUGUGUCAGACGCCCCGUGACUCAAAUCUGGAUCAGCCCAGAGCCACGCCGUGUGCUAGCGAGGAAACUAGGUCGAACGCCUCGGCCGACACGAACAUUCACGAGCCCAUGACCGUGUGCGAUGAGGUGCACGAUAAAGAGAACGCACCACCAUCGUGCGCCUCUCGCCUUUCUCACGUUUCAACAGACUCCUCAGCCUUGGAUAAUUCACCAUCACAGACCGAGGCCAAGCCGAGUCUAGAUCAUCUAUCAGCUGCCACACAAUUGUCUUACGAAGCCCGAAUCGCUGCAGACGAUAACAGCAGCUACAACAAUACAACCAGUGCUUCCUCUACGUGCAACGUGCUCAAAAGGAGGCGUGACAACCCCAGUGCCUGCUACCAAGAUCAAGAGGGCGAGUGCCCCGUCAGUAAGAAAGCACGGGUCAGCUACGACUCUUGCACGCACUCAGCCCUCAGAGACAGUUACCUAUCGGACUUUGACAUUUCCAGCGACGAAUCAGACUCGGAGCCUGAGCUUGAAAUGAUGCACUCCACCUCCGACUCUCCUCAAAUCACAAACCUCGUCUCUAUAUUCCACUCUGGCUUCUCCGGACUUUGCCCAAUCGCCCCCACUCACGACUCAGACUCUGAACUGGAAUCUUCUGGCUACCAGAGUGACCUGGAUGUGUCCGGCUCCUCACAGUUCACACCUUUGUCCAAAAUGAGGCCAGAGUCUCCAUCGCCUGCAUAUUCCCGAAAAAUGUCUGAACCUAGUUUAAUGUGCUCGUCACAGAUGGGCAGGCUAGGAUCUCUACCUUCUGCUAUAAUUCUUUCUGCGUAAACAAACUUAAAAGUUUUAAACGAAGGAUACAAAGGCCAAGCAAAAAUCUCCCCCCAGAGUGGCUAUUUUCUGCAUCCAGGUCCACACCUGCACUGAUCGGAGGACCACACACCUGGCUACUCUACAUGGCCAUUGGACAGUUAAACACCUGAUGUUACACUGGACAUUGUUUUUUUAUGGAUUACCUUUAUCCUAUCCCAUGUCAUUGGGCCAUGAAGCAUUGGUGCUGUGUUGGUCAGUAUACUGGUCAGUUGAAACCAACACUAGGUCGUGCUACACACACUGGACACUGGAUUACACAUUUUAGGAUGUUGGAUUACAUUGACAGAAUGGAUUAUUAACAAUAUUUUUUUUAAAUAUAAGUAGACUAUUAUGACUUUAUUGAUAGGAAAUAUUAGUUUGAAUAUCCCAAUUGUCUACACCAGUAAUUUUAAAAUUGCAUAAAUUAGAUGUAGCCAUGUUACAUUUUUUUUUGCUCUAAACAUUGAAAGUUUGUGUUUAUGUAGCAUUUAAAUAAAAAAAUCAACUAUUUUGACAACACAACUGACCUACUUACUUCAGUUAGUGCCAAUGUACUGAUAGUGUCUAUUUUUAGGUUAUGUAAUUUUUUUUUUUAAAGAUAUAUAGUUAAGUGCAAUAACUGAGCAAUACUUGAUUAAUGGAUAGGUCAGUGCUAUCUAAAAGCUAUAGUGGUCAGUGGUGAAACUUAUGUUUUAUGACUAGUAAGAACCUGAAUGUUAUUGGUUUUAAUGUGUGAGUGGUGGUGUGUGUGUGUUAUAGCUAUGUAUGUGUGUAAAUGUUAUGGUGCUAUACUUGAGAUGAAUGUUAUGUGUCUGAGUGUAUUUGGUGUUUUUGUAAUGGGCGAUUAAGAUGUACUUGAUUAAUAAUAUGCUGGUACUUUAAACAAUUGUACACCAGUUUUGUUUACCACAUGUUGAGAUACCUGGUUGUAAGAUGGACAGAAGUGUGUGUGUGUGUCAAAGGUCAAGUUCAUGGGCCUUGAAGAUUAGAUUGGUCUUCUGGUGUGUAGCAUAGUUGAGUCUGUUGUCUUUUAGUACAAGUGCAUGUUUGUGUAUAGUUGCAGAGUGGUGGUCAGUUAUAAUGUUUGAAUGUGUUGAAAGCAUGUGUCAUAAUUAACUACACAUUAAUGGCAAUAUAAAACUGACUAUAAAGAGAUUUUAAGUUAUUAAAUGUUUGAAUGAAAUAAUCAACAGAUAUUUAUUGCCUUGAAUUAUUUCUAUUUUUGUAUAAAUAAACUAAAUGAAUGUACAUUUAUUUUGACUGAAUUGAUUGAUGAAACAUUUGUAAGGCUCAAGUGUGACUUAAUGAGUUUAAUUUAUUAAAACACAAAAUUGCCAUUCCAGCAGUGAAAUAUA